CGUUAGUCCAACUGGGCAUUUGGUCGUUUAGUUCGUUUUGACUUUGUUUGUUGAAACGUCGUUUGCCGUCUGUCGUUCCUUCGCUCUUUGGAUUUCUGUGAGCGUCGCAGCUGCAGUGCUUGUAUAUUUUGUUAUUGUUUAUAUAUCUAACUGGCUUCAAAAAAACUUAAUGUGGAAGUGGUAAAACUAAAAGAAUUGAAAACUAAAUAAAGAUAUUAAAAAAAAGCGUGAAAACGCAAAUAAAACUGAAAAUUACGUUAUUCGUAAUACAUAGAAACAGUUUUAUUACGGUAUGGAAAAAUCUUCCGAUUCAGCGACUACCCCGCCGUCGACGUCGUCGUCAAGUGCUCACGUUGGCGGAGCAUCAUCGACGUCGAAGUCGACAAACAAUGAAAACGUCGUGAAUCCAUGUGAAAACGGUAGUACGUCAGUGAGUAGUUAUAGAAUGUCCCCACCUCCCCCUAAAAUGUCCUAUAGACCAGCAAAUAUUACCGGUAAAUCGAAUAUAGAGUGUAAACCAUCACUAUUAUCAAUAAUGUCAGCAUCAAGACUACCUAGGCAGGAGGCCGAGAGCAGAGCUGGGACUGCGAAUGCUGUUACUUCCGCUACCACUUCCACUAGUAAUGCCUCCUGCCCCUCCUCUUGUUCGCCGAUAUCCCCAUCCCUCACCGCAAACAGUAAUGCUUCGUCAUCUUUAACAAAUACUGCCACGGUUAGACAUGGCGCCUUCAUACCACCCCCACGCACGAUGCCAGUGAGCGGCUCACUGGCAGCUACAACAUUACAGCACACAACGUCGCCACAUGCUGUACAACUACCCCACAUCAACUUAAAUAUUAACACCACGACUGGUGGUAAUUUUGGUGUGACAGUGGACCCUCAAAUCUCGGUGGAGAACUUAAAGAAGAUAAUUGCUAAGAAGCUAAAGGUGGCCAAGGAUCGAAUUUGUUUGCUGCAUCGUGAAAAAGAACUUCAAGAAGGCACCCUAAAGGAUAAUAAUCUCAUGGAUGGCUCCAGAAUAAUAUUGAUACCAAAUGUGGAGACUGGUUUACUGGCUCAACGUCCGGAGAAUACCGUAAUGCAAGCUCUAGAGUCUCUUAACGAUUCUCAAGUGAACGAUUUUCUCAGCGGCAAAACACCAUUAAAUCUGAGCAUGCGACUUGGUGAUCAUAUGAUGUUGAUUCAAUUGCAACUAAGCACCGUGAAUCCAACAAAUAUAACUAACUCAAUUAAUACUAACAGUGGUGGUACUUGCUCAAGUGGAUCCGCAGCGUUGCGUGCGCGUUCUAGCCAGCGCAAUAAUCGGUCCGCUGUGGCGGCAAGCCCUACUCACCAUCACCAUCAUCACCACCACCACCAUCACCACCAUCAGACGACAACAAUCGAAGCAGUAAGCGCUGCUACAUCCUCGGGUGAUGGUCCAGCAGCGGCAUCAAACAUCCAAAAUCAAAUGCGCAACUGCACCGGAAACGCUUUACUUGCCGGACGCAUGCCAGUGGGCUCAACAUCGCAAUCGGUUGGGAAUAAUACCCUCAAUACUACCAAUACUACUUUGACCUCUCACGCGGCUACAAAAUCUGCCGGCAGCAGUAGCACUUUGAAAAGCUCGAACCUCAGCUCGUUACUGACCAAGCGUGACUAUGAAAACAUACACAAUUUGGUUAAGAGUAUCGCGUUGUCACAACCAACACGUUUGACUUCGCAUCCCUCACAACAAUUGCGCCAGGGCGCUGCUAAUACUGUGAGCAAUGCUGGCACUUCAAUAUCGGCCAACUCGGUUGCAUCAACGACCGCCGAAUUCCAGAACUCAAGUGCUUCCACAACGACAGAUGGCGUUCCUCCUUUACUGGAACAGUCGCCAAUCAAAUCGCUGUCAAACCUCGUCUCCAGUCCCAUUAAAACAGCCGCCUUAAAGAGCAUUCCCAUCUCGAAAAACGGCAGCGCUAGCGGCAGCGAAAAUUCCAGCAGUACCUCCCAGGUCGUCGCCGCAGAAACAGCAUGUCAAGAUCCUAUCGCCGCCAAACUUACCUCGUGUCUUUGCACACGUCUCCAUGGUGAUUCGACCGUUAAAGCUGCUUGUAUAGAAAGCACAGAAGUAGGUAGUAUGGUUCCUUCACGUUCAGAGGCAAUGAUUACAGAGAAAGGCAGUGUCACGGCACCACAAUUUCAACGCAGCAGUUCACCGCUGCCAAAAAUUGUGUCGGUUUCCAGUGGUAGUGGCUCUAGCGGCAACAGCACGCCUGUAGCCGCUUCAUUGCACAAAACUGCUAACAACCCCAUCACGCGCUCGAGACAUCGCAGCCACCACCAUUACCACCAUCAUCAUCACUAUCACCAGCAGCAGCAGCAACAGCAGCUGCAGCUUGCACCGAUUUUGCGGCCAAGGCCUAGUUCCAACGCUUUGGCCCGACCCAUUCGAUUGGCGGCGCAAAGGUGUUAUGACAGCGGAAUUGGCUCUGAAGGAGAAGCUCCAACUGACAGCACCAACAACGCUCGAUCAUUGGCUCGACCAUUGGCAGCGUCCGCAUCACCAGCUGGCCCAGCAAGAUUGCCUGCAACAGCACCCAACGCUUGCGGUAGCAGCAACGAAUUAAAUGAUACAGGCGUUGCUGUCUCAGAUACACGUACACUAGCCGAGGCGUCACGCAAUCUAACGCAGACGUUACGUAAACUCUCGAAGGAUGUAUUUACAAACAAAAUAGAUUUAACCGGCGGCGAAGAAACGCCACGCAAAAAUAAUUCGGGCGCAGUUAUUGAAUCCAUGAAGAACCACGGCAAGGGCAUCUACUCGGGCACCUUUUCAGGCACGCUCAACCCAGCGCUGCAAGAUCGUUUUGGACGCCCAAAACGCGAUAUUUCUACGGUCAUACAUAUUUUGAACGAUUUGUUGAGUGCCACACCGCAGUACAGCCGCGGAGCACGCAUAAGUUUCGAGGCGCCAUCCGCAACGUCUGCGGCAGGUGGUGGUUCAAGCACCAAUGGCACGGCUGUGCAUGGAAUACGCAGCAAGCAGCUCGCCGGUAAGCAUCAUAAUCACCAGCAUUCACAGUCAUGCGUGAAAUGUGUAAAAUCACAACAGCAACACGGCAGCAAUAACGCCUGCGCUUACGGCGAAUGCAAUGGUCACUAUGCCGGCAGCAAAACCUCAUCUACCCGAAACAGCAACGGCUGUUGUAAAGACGGCACCGCCACCACUGGCGGCAGCAAUCACGCCGAUGAACGAUCCGUCUGCAGUUGUCGUUGGCGCAACAAUAGCGAGACCGGCGAACGGGAACAUGAAGAAAUGUGCCAAAAAUGUGCAACCGAAUUGGAGAACUCGAAAAUGAAAUCAAAAAUCGAUCAGCUGCGACAGGUAAUGCUGCAGAGCAAGCAGCGUCGUGAGGCGCGCAAAUUGAAGGGUGCUCCCUAUGGCGCACGUAUGGCCGGUUCAUCCACCAAGGCGGCAAUAGCUACAACUACCGUUGCGGUGUGCGCAAAUAGCACCUCGACUACAAUGUCUACGACUGUACCAUCCACGUUGAGUACAACCAGCACACAGCAGCUGGCCAGCAAUAGCAACAACACAACCACGCCAAGUGAAGUAUCGCCAAAUCAUAUUGUGGAGGAGGUGGACACAGCAGCUUAAAUAUGCGACAGCAAAAACAUACAACAAAGAGACGACGUCACUCAGCAGCAGCUAUUCACAAUCUUUGAUAGAUUGAGAGUAAGCAGUAAAAAGUGUAGCGCCGGUGUGCACGGCAUCAUGGAAUAUCCACAACCAAUUACUUAUCCUAACUUGUAGCAUUUAUUAGUUUAUUCAAUAGGGAAAAUUUUUGCAAAAUAAUCCUCGUCAUUUUUGAGUAAAUCAUUUGCAGUAAUAGAAAAACAAUUUAAUGCCUACAAAUAUUAAAAAAGAAAGAAAAAAAACAAAA